UCCGACGUACAGGCGCGGUUUUCGUGGACAUUUCACAAGUUAUCCGUUUGAAUGUGUGUUAAGUAAUAAUUGUCAACAUAGCGUUAAUAAAAAAGAAAUAGAGAGGGUUGAGAUGGGCCUUUGCGCUCCUAGCAAAGUCAGCCAACAAGAAAGCCAAAAUGCUUUCAAAUUUAAUCAGUAGAUGGCAGCAAUAAGCUAUUACGGCUGAGUCAAUCCAACGAAGAAGACGAUUCAGAAAACAUGGCGGCGUCCUUGAGGAACGCAGGCAUCACGGGUCUCUUGAGUGCCUUGGCCAGGACUGGGUCAUUCUGCUCCUCUACUGGAUACAGAAGCCUACAUGUCACUGCAGUGUGUUGCAAGAACCGAGCUGCUCGUAUCCGAGUGGGGAAAGGAGAUAACCCUCUGGUCUACGAGCAGGCGAUUCAUCCUCAUCACAUCGGCCAUCGGAAAGGAUGGUUGUCACAGAAUACCAGUAACCUCCGAGGUGAAGAUGGAGCCGCUCAACGGACCGUAGAGGACAUGUUCAUCAGGAAGUUCAUGUUCGGGACCUUCCACGGCUGCCUGGCCAACGAGAUCGUGAUCAAACGCCGCGGCAACUUGCUCGUUGUGUGCGCCCUCGUGCUGCAGAGGUUCUCACCGCUCAGGUUCUACUUUUUAAUUGGAUAUUCUGAGUCUCUGCUGUCGCACUUCUACAAGUGUCCUGUCAAGUUAGAGAUUCAGACCCUGCAGCAAAAAGCUGUUUAUAAGUAUCUCUGAUGGAAACUGUGUCGUGCUACAUGCUACAUGAUUGACCAACUGCAGUUUCAAAUGAUGUCAUAUUAAAUUAUAACUUUGCUUCAAUCAACGUUGGUGCUCAGUGACCGACACCAUCUGUAUUCAGUUUUGCUUUGUUUUCUUUAUUAAACUGUAAAAAGUCAAGGAAAUAUUGUGUGUCAUAAAUUGAGUGUCUAAAAUUGUGCAACAUUUCAAUUCUAUUCAUAUAAAUAUUCCACUUUACUGUGGGCAAUAAUCUA